GCUGUUAUUGAUCCCCUGUUGUUACGCAGUUAUGAAUGAAUGAGCCGCGCUGCGCAUGCGCGAAGUACCAGAAAGUUUAUAAACAAGGCUUGCGUGCAAUGCGGGGCACGUGACCGCGCUUCACCAAAACACGGGCGAACGCGUUAUUCUACACGACGAAAUUAGUUUUAAGGAUCCAAGCUUUUAAUCUCUCUGAUUUCAUUAAGGAAGCGAAUGCUACAAGUGCUGAACGUGAUUGAACUGUGGCCAGGAACAUAUUGCGCAAUACCCAACAGAGCAGUUGUUGUUCCUGUGUUUACUUCUGUUGUCAUUCAUUCAUUCAUUCAUUCACUCAAAACAACCUGCACAGCUGACAUGUUAUAAUAUGGUGUGGGAAGUGAAAACUCAGUCGGUCCCUCAGAGAGUCCAGGAAAUCCAGACACAGAGCUCAGGUAUGGACGAGGCCUUCAAUCUGCUUAAAUGCAAUGAGCGCCUGCCCUCCUCACCUGGCUGCCCUUCUAUUGAGAGUCACAUGGAGUAUGUGACAGUUUACGUCUCUGCAGAUGACCUGCCUGAGCUGCAAGAGGUGCAGGAUGACCAGUUGACCCCGGGCGUGUUCCAGGUGGCCCCGGGCGUGUCGCAUCACGAGGAGGGGCCCGUCGAGGGCCGGAGCUCCAGGCCUGAGGGCAGCGUUUCACACACAAACUGGCUGACCGAGCUGGCCAACAUCGCCACCAGCCCUCAAAGCCCCCUGCUCCAGAACGCUCCACACAACCGGUCUUCUCCUGUCCACAUCUUCUCCAGCAGUAGCAGUUUACAUUCCUACGCUAGACCCCCUCUGUCUUCCAGCAGCGCUCCCAGUCCCGCCCGCAGCCACAUGAGGGAACGCCGUCGCACCAGGGCAAGCAGUGAGUCCGAGUCGGGCAUCUUCUGCAUGUCGUCUCUGUCCGAUGAUGAUGACCUGGGAUGGUCCCAUUCCUGGCCCUCCACUGCCUGGCACUGCUUCCUGAAAGGAACACGUCUGCGCUUCCACAAAGGUCCGAACGUGGAGUGGCAGGAUGCCGAGGACGUGAUGGAGUCGGAUGAAGAUUCAGAUGACGAGGGGGGAACACAGUCCAACCCAAUGAAGAAUUAUGGCUCUGAUGGGCUAAAGCUGGUGGUCUUUGAGGAGAGUGUGUCUUUCGGCCAGUCUGUCCUGAAAUUAACCUUUGACCCUGGUUCCUCUGAAGCAGGGCUUCUGACCGCUGAGUGCAGUUUGGACCAUCCGUUUUUUGUGAAAAAUAAAGGGUGGUCUUCUUUCUAUCCGAGCCUUACUGUUGUACAGCAUGGCAUUCCCUGUUAUGACAUGCAGGUUGGAGACUUGUGUCUGCCGCCAGGACACUGCGACGCCAUCAACUGUGACGACUCUGUCGUUUUUGACACUUUUAAGAGUUAUGACUUCACCCCUCUCGACUCUUCCGCCGUGUACGUUCUGAGCAGUAUGGCACGCCAGCGCCGGGCGUCCCAGUCCAGCGGGGGCGCUGUGAGUCCCGACUGCGAAAAAAUGGACGUCCUCGGCUCCUCCCACCACUCCCCCAGCAGCAAAUCACAGCGCAGCCACGCCUCAGGAAGCUCUGGAGCCACACCCACGAAGUGCAAGCGGCCAAUGAACGCCUUCAUGCUUUUUGCUAAGAAGUACAGGGUUGAGUACACACAGAUGUAUCCCGGCAAAGACAACAGAGCCAUCAGCGUGAUUCUGGGCGAUAAAUGGAAGAAGAUGAAGAAUGAGGAGAGGAGGAUGUACACCAUGGAGGCCAAAGCUCUGGCCGAGGAGCAGAAACGUCUCAACCCUGACUGCUGGAAGCGCAAGAGAACAAACUCGGGCUCUCAGCAAAACUAGUCUGAGGAUUGUCACAGAAGAAAAUGAACUGGACAGCAGGAGACGGACACCGACACACAUUCUCUCUAAAGAAUGAUAAACUGCAACUGUGAUGCUACACGCACUUGCUUUAGGAAAAAAGAAAAAAAAAAACAAGAAAAAAAAUUACAACAAAACAUCUUCACGAGAAGAAUUGUGAACGAAAAAUCACAUUUAAAAAAUAUACGAACGAAAGGCAAAUCGUAAUAUAAUUAUAUGCAAUAUAAAAUGUAAUCUAGUCUUCUAACAGUGCUUAUGUAUUUUUCUUAUCCUUUUGAAAACGAUGAAAAUGCCUUACUCUUCCAAAGCAAGACAUCGCUCAGUUCUUCUAUCAGGUAAUUUUGUAUUUCUAGGCUUGAAAGGUGCAACCCUGUGGUGCUAUUUUACUGAGGCUGGAGGAGUGAUAAAUACAACAAAUGUCUAUUUUUAAAUGUAAAAAGGUGAAAUUUAGAUGUUAGCUCAUUUUUUCAGCUGUUCAUAUUAAUUGUAUCUGUAUCUUGCACAGACUCAAGUGUAUUACAAAUAGACGAAUGAUGUUAAACUGCAUAUUCGUCGAUGUGCUGGAAAGGGUUAAAUUUCAUAUUACAUUAGUCCAGUCUAGGCCAUAUUCAGUGUGUGAUAGUCUAUCCAUACGGCCAUAUUGUACAUGGAUAGAGUCCCACACACAAGCACACGAGUACAACAGGGCCAUGCCUUCACUGUAAGUGUUCUUGUUUUUGCACUUUAUAUUCAUAUAUAUAUAUAUACAACCUUAUACAACCAAUAAAUGUAUACAAGCUGAAAUGUGUAAAAAAUAAAUAUAUCUUGAUAUCCUUUGACACAAUCAUGGCCAAACUGAGCAACUGAGUGUUGUGCUUUGUGUGUGUGCCAUUGGAUUGCAUUACAAAUAAGUUUUGUUAAUAUUGUACAGGUCCACGUUCCCAUCCAUUUCUUGCACAAACUAUUCUUGUAUCAUAUUAUGAAUAAAGUUUUAAACGCGCUACCCUAAA